AUGUCAUCCCAAGUCCAAGUCGCCUCGGCGACCUCGUCUCCCCAACCUUCGAGCCCGACUUCGAUCAGCUUGCCGAGGAAGAGCGUGAGCGACCCGACCGCCGCAACCAACCUGUACGAAGCCGUCGCCGCGGUGCGCAACCCGACCAAGAAUCACGUCGCCUCCACCGCUUCUUCAGCUACGGCCACCUCCGAUGAUGACCAGAACGUAGCCCCCGCCGCCUCCCCCUCGACGUCGCCUUCGUCAGCGGCAUCCGCUUCCGAGCCGACCUCGCUCUCGUCGGACGGAGGCGCCAGCGCCUGCGGCGAUCGGGCCCACGGCCAUUCGUCCGUCGUGCCCAUGUACCCGUACAACGUCUCGAUGGUCCCGCAAAACAUCUCUGGUGGGCCCAUGCCUGACGACAGCGGCAUCACGACCCGCCUGCCUUCGAUCUGCGUCGACUACCUCUCCCACGAUUGGGCCGAGGACGACGUGUGGGCGAGCUGGAAGGCCAUGACCAAGCACAAGGCCGAGAUCGCGAACGGCGUGCGCCUCGAGAACGCAAGUUGGCGCACCUGGGCCAAGCAACGUGGAAAACUAAAGACGAUAUCCCCCGAGACCCUCAACUGGUAAGUCCAGUCUUGCUUCGCGGUCGCGGUCGGUGCGAUGCCGCCCCCGCACCGCUCGCGGAGGGUCGAGUGUUCGUUCGCAAAGUCCGACACCGCUUUCAUGCCCCACUUGGUAUUGCAGCAAACUGAUUUCGAUGACUCUCACUUUCCCUCGCCCAGGCUAAAAGACUCGGACGUCACCUGGCUCUACGGCCCGCUGCACACCUCCGUCGACGCCGUCCCCCCACCCCGCGUCGCGACCGCGAACGAACGGCUAGGCCUCGAGCCGCUGCGUUCACUCAAGGACGAAAAGACGAUUGAAGACAAGGCCAACGCCGCGACGACGUCGAAAGGGGUCAACGGGGCCAACUCGACUGCCGCAACGGUCGCCGCAACGGGCAAGGCGCGAGGAGCGGUGCCGAAGAAGGGGCGGCGACCGGAGAUCAAGACCAAACCCAUCCUCAAGCAUCGCUCGCUGUCGGACAUUCUCAUGCCGGCGAACGCGACGUCGCCGACGCUCGAGGACCUGGGGAUGGACUUUUCGGACCAGUCGACGAUCUCGAUCCACCACGCGCGUUCCGACUCGCACCUCGUGCGGCUCAACAGUCUCAACCGGCGCAAAAAGUCGUCGCCGGUGCAUUCCCCUCGCGGUCCCUCGCCCGAACGCGGCAUGUCGGAUUCGUCGACGAGCUCGGCCGCGGUUCCGUACAAAACGCGCAAGAGCGAGCACCGUCACAUCUCGUUCAACCACCGCGUCGAGCAAUGCAUCGCCGUCGACUCGACCGAAGAGUCCAAACGGUACUCGAUGCCCCGCAGCGGGGGUGGCCGCCACACCGGCAUGGGUUACGACGAAGAAGACGAGGAAGACGAAGACGACGAAGAGGACGACGUUCUGACGUUCCGGUCCAGUCCCCGCGUCGGAACGUUCGGUCCCGCGGCCUUGACGGCACCGUCGCCCUCGUCGUCGCAUUUCGAUCAGGAACCCCACACGAUCGCACGGUUAGGGCCGACGACGCUCAAGAGCCUCGAGCAGUGGCCCGCACCGAGCCCGGCCGUCGUGUACCCCCACGAUCCCGCCGUCGCGAGCGCGACCGGCGGCCCGAGCAACGUCUACAGCUACCAGACGACGACGAACGAUGCCGCCGUCGCUUCCGCCUCGUACCAGGCCCAGCAGUCGCGGACCGCCGCCGCCGCCUCCUCUUCCCCGAAGCGAGGGGGACCAUUGUACGACUACUCCAACGCUGUGUCGCGUCAGCAACAGCAGCAACAGCAAAGCGAGUGGGACCCCGAUGACGAAGACGAGCACCUCGUGGGGAUGGGCCUCGCGGCGUUUGACUACUUUAGCGGUCCCGACGUCGGCGUCGCCGACGAGUACGAUAUGGCGCAGUAUGGCUCGACGCACCUCAUCGCCGGCACCCACAACAACUACGAGGCCGGUUCGCCCUCGUUCCACCACGGCACGGGUAACAACGGCCACUACCCGCCGUACCACAACUCGGGCAGCGCCGGUGGCUCGAGCACGAGCUCGUCGGUCGACUCGUCGCCGAGCCACUCGCGGCGGUCGAGCAACAACUCGGAUCGCAGCGGGACGGGAAGGAGCUCGACGUCGUCGUCGCCGUCGUCGACGGGCUACCACAUCCGCGGCCCCCACGCUCCGGCCGCGUCGUCGAAAGAUUCGGCGACGCCGAAGCGCAGCAUUCUCAAAAACUCGGCCGGGGCCGCCGCCAACACUGAAGGGGUUCCGCAUGUGCCGCGUCUCGUCUCGUCGCCACCAGGGCAGAGUCCACCCGGAUCCGCAACACCGACAAGUCCCGUCGGUUCGUCCAACUCGCUGGGUACGGUCAUGGCGACGGCGAUCCCGCAGCACGUCCGACCCGCAGGCCGUCGCUCCAGCUCCGACGACAACAAUAACGGGAGUAGUCCGCGGGGUGCCAACUCGGGGACGUUCGAGACACGAGGGCGGAGCACGAGUCGGGGUUCGAGUUCGUCGCUCGAGCGGGCCGCCUCGGCCGACCGACGCAGCAGUUCGGCGAGCAUCUCGCCGUCGUCAUAUUCGCCUCCCGGCCCAUCGAUCGCGAGUGGGGCACGACCGACGACGAUCGUUUCUUCGCGGCGCGUCGGCUCGUACGAGUCACUCAACGCUCUCGGCUCGGGCUCGACUGCGGUCUCGACCCUCGGAGCGCCGUCGACGGCUGCCGGUGCCGCCAGCGGGGUCUCGCGCCAGCUCAGCGACCUCGCCGAGGAGCAAUCGAGCGAAAGCGAGACCGAAACCAUCAUCGACGGCGACAAGAACUCGUCGUCGAUCACGAUCCGCAAGACGUCGCCCGGUCGAGCGGACUCGUCCACCGCGUCGACGCCCCAGCCUGGAUCCUCGCCGGCCGCCGCCAUUUCCGUUUCGCCUUCGCCCUCACCUUCGAGCGUCGUCCGGUCGCGGAGUCUGAGCGGGGGAGAGAUCGAGAUCGUCGAGGACGUCGCGUUCGGCGAUGCGCGUCGCGUCAGUUCGUCGUCCAAUUCGUCGUCGUCGUCGUUGUCGUCGUCGUCGGGGGCCGCACCGGGGGCGAUCAAAAAGACGGUCUCGCCUGAACGGUCGGCGCUCAGUCGGCAGAUCAACCCCGACCCCGUCCUCGAUGGCAUCAAGGCGGCUUCGACGACUUCCGCUGCCCCCGUCACGAGCUCGGCAUCGGCCCAGCCGCCAACAGCGGCUCGUGGUCGACCGAGCCCCGUCGUCACCACGGCCAAGCCGGCCCCUGGUCCCGUUUCGCCGCCGCUCGUGCCACCACCGGCAACAACACCAGCCGUUGCAGGGGGGCGGACGACGGUCGCCUCGAGUGGUGCGGGCGCGCCUCGGUUCCGUCAGCCUUCGCCCUCCUAUGCGACGACAUCGACGUCGACGGCUGCGACCGUCGAAGAUACAACGCGCCACUCGUCCUCCGAGGACGGGAGCUCGUUGAUGCCGAGCCUUUCGAACUCGCCGGCGCUCGAUCCGACCGACCUCGCGGGGACGCAGUGGUCCGACGAACAGGUCCCUUCCUUUGCUCGGCGGUCUUUGUUGCGCGCCGCUCGCGGCAGCACCGGCGGCGGUAGUGGUGGAGGAGGAGCCGGCUCGUCGUCGUCCUAUAGUACGACGCAGCACCGAUCGACAGGCUCGGCAGGUUCCUCCGCCUCCGCCAGCGGGACCAAGGACGGGCUCGGUCCCUCGUCGUCCUCGGCCAAGUCUACCGAUCGAUCUUCGCUCGAUAGCGGCCGCGAUUCGACGCACGACGACUAUGGCUUUGGCUACUACGACGACGACACGUCGAACGAGUCGGGGUUGUUCGGGCGCACGCUCGAGGUCGCGGGUACGGCCAAGGGUCUGCUCGGCGCGUUGAGCAAAAACAUUUGGCACUUUGGCCGGCGUUGA